AUGAGGAUAUUGCUAAAGCAUGAUCCAUUGCAAUCCCUCUGCAUUUACUUCUUCUUCUUUUUCUAUUUACAUACCCAGUUUAUUACUUCUUUGUCUUCUUCAAAACCAGUACUCUGUCCUCAUGAUCAGAGCAUUGCUCUGCUUCAGUUCAAGGACAUGUUUCCCACUGAUGCUGCUUCACUUUGUGAUCAACCAGAAGACAAUAUUGCUUCUUGGAAUGAGGAUGUGGACUGCUGCUUGUGGGGUGGUGUGACGUGUGAGGAUGAGACAGGAAAUGUGAUUGCUCUUCAACUCAGUUGCAGUGGGCUUCAAGGCACCAUUCCUUCAAACAGUAGCAUUUUCAAACUUUCUCACCUUCAGAGGCUCAACCUUGCUUACAACGACUUUGAGCCUUCUCAAAUUUCACCCAAGUUUGGUAUGUUUCCUAAUCUCACACAUCUCAACCUUUCAUCAUCUAUGAUGGCUGGUGAGCUCCCAUUUGAGCUGUCUCAUCUAUCCAGAUUGGUUUCCCUUGAUCUCUCUGAAAAUCCUGGUCUAGAACUUGAAACAUCUAUGAUGAAAAUUCUAGCUCAGAACCUGACCCACUUGAGAGAACUUUUUCUCCAAGGAACAAAUAUGGGUUCCGUCUCUCCUGAUUUUCUAUUGAACAUAUCAUCAUCUUUGACAUCUCUCAAUCUUGGUUCUACUGGAAUAAUGGGGAGCUUCCCAGUUGCUUACAUUUUUAGUCUGCCAAACCUCCAAAUUCUGAAACUUAUUGGUAAUAUUGAUCUCAAAGGUUUUCUACCAGAGUCUAAUUGGAGUAGUUCCCUCAAAUACUUGGAUCUUAGUAUUUGCCAUUUUGAAGGGUUGCUUCCAACAUCGGUUGGGAACCUCACACAAAUCACUCAUGUUGAUCUCUCAUCUAACAAUUUUGGUGGUGAGAUUCCAUCAUCCGUCUCAAACCUUACACAGCUUGAAUAUUUGUCUCUUGAUGGUAACAAUUUCAAAGGUCAAAUUCCAGAUGUGUUUGAGAAAAUGAGUAAACUUACUGAACUAUUUCUUGGGAAUAACAGAUUCACAGGUCAGUUGCCCUCCUCAAUAUUCAAUCUACCUCAACUUUUAUCUUUGGCGUUUCAGCGUAAUCAUUUUGAAGGUUCUUUUCCUGAAUUUAAAAGUGGUCUUUCAAAACUAUCUUCUCUUGACUUGUCUUCUAGCUCCCUCAAUGGAACAAUACCUCCUUGGCUUUUCGGUUUGCCAUCUUUACAAUCUUUAUACCUCCAAAAUAACCAUCUUACUGGUCAUAUUAGCGAAAUCACAAGCAACUCAUUACAAAGCAUUGAUUUAAGUGGUAAUAGCCUAUCCGGGUCUAUCCCCACAUUAAUCUUUGAACUUGAGAAUAUGACUGAUUUGAGGCUUUCAUCAAAUGACCUGAGUGGGGUUGUGGAGAUAGACAUAUUGUUUUCAAAGCUUAAAAAUCUAGAGUUGCUUGAUCUUUCUGGCAACAAUCUUUCAUUGAUCACCAAUAACAGUGUCAACUUUGUGCCCUCCAAUCUUGCCACACUAUAUCUGUCCUCAUGCAACAUAAAAGAAUUCCCCCAUGUAUUAAAGUCUUUCAUGAAUAUUCAAUUUCUAGACCUUUCCAAAAACAAGAUUCAUGGGGAAGUCCCCCAUUGGUUUUUUGAAGUGGGCAUGGAUUCGUUGCAAAGCUUGAGCCUUUCAAGCAAUAAUCUGACAAAAAUUCAGCAGAUUCCUUGGAGGAGCUUGCUAAAACUUGAUCUUUCAAACAACUCGCUUGAGGGAGAACUUCCUAUUCCACCUCUUACCACAACUUUCUUCUCUAUUUCCAAAAACAAACUCACCGGAGAUAUUCCACCUACGAUUUGCCUUGUAAAAGAUCUUGAAGUUCUUGACCUGUCACACAACAACCUAACUGGCAAGAUUCCACGUUGUCUUGGAACUCUCAGCAGCCUGUCAACACUGAAUCUGAGGAUGAAUAGGUUUGAAGGCACAAUACCUGAGACAUUUGGAUCCAACUUGAGAAGCCUCAACUUGAAUGGAAACCAGUUUGGAGGAUCAUUGCCAAGGUCCUUGCUCAAAUGUUCGAAGUUGCAAGUCCUAGAUUUUGGUAACAACAAGAUACAUGGAAUAUUUCCUCACUGGUUGGAAAGUCUUCCAGAAUUGCAGGUUCUUGUUCUGAGAUCCAACAAUUUUCAUGGUGAUGUCAGAGGUUCCAAGACAAAUAAGAACCUCUUCUCCAGGUUGAAAAUUUUUGAUCUGUCAAGGAACAAUUUCAGCGGUCCUUUCCCAACUACAUAUAUAAAAAAUUUUAAAGCUAUGAGGAAUGUGAGUGGUUUACAGAGUGAUGAGAAAUACAUAGGUGUGGAAGGUUCUUAUCGUGACUCUUUGGUGCUGACGAUAAAAGGAUCAACUAUGGAAUUUGUGAGAAUAUUCAAAGCAUUGACAACCAUUGAUUUAGCGCACAACAACUUUGAAGGAGAGAUACCAAAGGUAAUCGGAGAGCUGAAAUCUCUCAAGAGCUUGAAUUUGUCUCAUAACAGCUUUACAGGUCAAAUUCCAGCAUCUAUAGGACUGUUGACCAAUCUUGAAGGGUUGGAUCUUUCUUCAAACAAUCUCAGUGGAGAGAUUCCUAUUGAACUGGUAAGUUUAACAUUUCUUUCCUACUUAAAUAUUUCAUGGAAUAAUCUUACUGGACGUAUUCCACAAGGCCAACAAUUCAAUACAUUUAGAAAAGAAUCAUAUGAAGGCAAUAUGGGACUAUGUGGAUUUCCAUUGACAAAAAGAUGCAGAGGUGAUGGGGAAUUAGAACCAACUCCGUUGACAAACUUCCAACAAGAAGAUGACUUAAAGCAUGAAAGCAUAUUUAACUGGAAAGCCAUAUCAUCCGGAUACGCAUGUGGGAUUGUUUUUGGACUAGUUAUGGGAUAUUUUCUGCUUUAUAGAAGAACACCUUGA